CGCAGCCGGACCGGCCCUUCAAGCUCAGGAAGAGCCUCGCCACCCGGCGGGAAGAAGUAGCAGGGAUCCGAGCCAAGUUCCCGACGAAAAUCCCGGUAAUUGUUGAGAGAUACCAUAAAGAGAAAUACCUUCCUCUCUUGGACAAAACCAAGUUUCUGGUUCCCGAGGAGCUGACCAUGGCACAGUUCAUAACCAUCAUCAGAAGCAGGAUGGCUCUAACAGCUACACAAGCUUUCUACCUGCUGGUGAACAACAAAAGCCUAGCCAGUAUGUCCUUGACAAUGGCAGAAGUGUACAGGGACUACAAAGAUGAAGAUGGCUUUGUGUAUAUGACCUAUGCUUCCCAGGAGAUGUUUGGAUGCUUAUUACCCACUGCCCAAGGGAAAACUAUGGAAUGCUUUCAGAAAACUUAAGAUUGGGUUAAUAUGCUGCAGCAAAGCAGUUUGCUCUGAAUCAUGCCUGUGACAUGAGCCUCGGAGAUGCUCCUUCCAAUGUGAGCUCUUGAGCUCUGUAGUGGGAGUUAUGACCCAAAAGCUGGCAGGACCAGCUUAAGACAGAAAUGGUGGUACACUUUCCCUAGGUAGUAAUUUGGAUAUAUAUUUUUAUAUUUGAAGACACUGUGGGUUGGGUUUUUUUUUCUUUUGAACUGCACCUCCACUGUUUUACAGUAUCAGUCUUUGUUGUGUAACUGAUUUUUAAGGUUUCCUGAAAGCCUAAGUCUAAGAGUAAAAUAAAGAACCUUUUAUGUAUUCAGUUGAAUGUUAUUUUUAAUCUGGGGAAAGACUGUAAAAAUUUGUCUAGGAGAAGAUCCUAUAAUAAUUCUGGGAAUUUGAGCACAAUGCCUUUUAAAUGAAACAUUGCUUACACAGCUACUCUGAUUUUUUGAAUGGAAUAUCAAAGUUUAAGUUGUGUCACCCAUGAGCAAAACCAUAACUAUGAAUGGUUCAUAUUGGGCUGUGAGAUUAAAUAGAUGUGCCAGAGCACUGUUAAGUUUAACACCUGAAUAAACUGUCAGCUGUUACAGAAAA